AUGAGGUUGUCCACCAAAUGUUUGUUGCUGACAUUGGUAGGAUUGGGUUCUGCUCAAUUCUUUCCACCAACACCUGAAGGUGUGACAGUAGUCAAGUCGAAAACCCAGGAUGGAGUGUCAAUUUCGUUCAAAGAGCAUGGAAUCUGUGAAGCAACUCCUGGCGUCAAGUCAUAUGCUGGCUAUGUACGCCUGCCACCAGGGGUUGUAGACGAUUUGGGUGUCUUCCAGAACUAUACCAUCAACACCUUCUUCUGGUUCUUCGAAUCAAGAAAAGAUCCCGCAAAUGCGCCACUGUCGAUAUGGAUGAAUGGUGGCCCUGGAAGUUCCUCCAUGAUCGGCCUUUUGCAGGAAAACGGACCAUGCAAUAUCAAUUAUGACUCCAAUUCAACAGCACUAAAUCCAUACUCCUGGAACAAUGAGGUGAAUAUGCUUUAUAUCGAUCAGCCAAAUCAGGUGGGAUUAAGUUACGACGUCCUUGUCAAUGGCACACAAGACUUGCUUAAUCCCAGUGGCGACGUUAUCGUGGAUGACUUCACCAGCGGAGUUCCUAAACAGAACAGCACGUUUCUCGUGGGAACAUUCCCGUCACAGCUCCUGAACUCGAGUGCCAACGGAACCACAAACUCUGCUAGAACGCUGUGGCAUAUGGCCCAAGUCUGGUUUCAGACGUUCCCUAAAUAUAAACCUAACGAUGGCCGGGUCAGCAUCUGGACAGAAAGUUAUGGUGGGCAUUAUGGACCAGCAUUUGCUGCGUUCUUCGAAGAACAAAAUUGA